AUGCCUCGCUUCCCUCUGAAGAAAAUCCGAAAGCAGCUCAAGCUCCUGUUGCUGCUGGUGCUCCUGACAUUCGCUGUGUGGUUCACCUACCUGCACAUCCAUCAGGGCAAAGUCUUCAGGCUGCAGUUCAGCUACGGAAAAGAUGCAGAGAAACAGGUGGAGGAGGUGCCACAGAAGCCGCCCCACAUGCCGCACGGGCACCGUCUCCAUGGCGAUGCCACUGAAAGCCAAGAGGAGGAACGUGCCUAUAAGGGUCAGGCUAAUCUUCAUGUGUUUGAGGACUGGUGUGGCGCCUCUGUGUCUCAGCUCAGAAGAAACAUACAUUUCCCCCUUUACCCUCACAAUAGAACUACAGUGAAGAAAUUGGCAGUGUCUCCUAAAUGGAAGAACUACGGCCUCCGCAUCUUUGGUUUUAUUCAUCCCUACAGAGAUGGGGAUUUUCAGUUUGCAAUCUCAUCUGAUGAUAACUCUGAACUAUGGAUGAGCUCAGAUACGAGUCCUCUUAAUGCCCAUCUGCUUGCCUUUGUAGGCAUGCGUGGCUGCGAGUGGACCGCUCCCGGAGAGUUCACCAAGUUCAGAUCCCAGACCUCCAAAGUCAUGCAUCUAACAGCUUCAAGGAGGUACUACUUCGAAGUUUUGCACAAGCAAGAUGACAGAGGCUCAGACCAUGUGGAAGUUGCGUGGCGCCCCUUUCUGCCUGGCUUGAAGUUUGACAUCAUUGACUCUGCCUACAUCUCCUUGUACACAGAUGAAUCAUCUCUGAUGAUGGACAACGUGUCCCACAUCCCUCAGACUCUGGCCAGUCACGCAGGACAGCCAGGACUCCGCAGAUGGUCUCAGGCCAGACCUCACACUGACAUGCUGACUCCUGACCCCAGGGACACCUUCUACCACAUCCCGAUGAUCUCUGAAUCUCGGCUCCUGAAUGUUCUGCCCUCCUGUCUCUACUCUCCCACGUACGUUCUCAAGGACUUCCCCAUCGCCCGCUACCAAGGCCUCCAGUUUGUGUACUUGUCAUUUGUUUACCCCAAUGACUUCACCCGGCUCAGCCACAUGGAGAAAGACAACAAGUGUUUCUACAAGGAGUCUCCUAUGUACCUGGAGAAGUAUGGAUUCUACAAAUAUAUGAAAAUGGACGAAGAAGAGGAUGACACUCCUUUCUUUUUUCCAAACCCUGACGAUUUCCUGGAGGAGGAGGAAGGGGCAGACCCAGAGGAGGAGAGGCGGGUCUCUGACAAAAAGCCAAUCAGGGGGGACAAGAACCAGAGCGUGGCCAAUCACACUGUCAGAAUAUCUCCAGCGCCCGCCCCCGCAAGUGAGGACGGAGAGGAAGAGGGAGCACCGGAGAUAAACAGCUCCCUGUACGCGCUCGUGAAGCGUCUCCUUGGUAACGGGCCCUGGAAUCCCGCUCCGGCCGGCCACUCUCCGGUCAGUUCGCACGCCCAGCGCGGAGAAGGGGCGGGCAGAGGCCACAGUGCCCAGCCACAGACCCCCGGCAGCGGGGAGAACUCGGUGGAAGUCAUGCCCGGGAUCUUUGUGUACCGCACUGGAAACUCCGCUCCACUAGUCCACUCCCGACAUGCGCCCCUGGGCUCGGUCGGCCUGUCACGCCCGAAUGCACCUGUAAACUCGCACACACUCUCCCACGGAAACACACAUCCAGCCACAACCCCUAGACCCCAGCCAAAAGAGCCCUCGGAUCAGCCCGAGGACCGUCCAGCAUCCAGAUGGAGCUUCAGCUCCAUGAACCACCCUAGCAGCAGCUCCCCUUCCUCUGCUACCCCAGAAAGCAGACCCAUGUCUGGGCUAAACUCGUCCGAGAACAGCCUGCCGACCGCGGAGGACAACCAGUCCACCACCAGAUCCUCCAGGGCCUCGGGGCCCGGCGCAUCCCAGCCAGAGGCCUCCGACACGGGCUCCCAGGCCGAGCAGGGCGGCGGCACGUCGGAGUACAGCUACGAGGAGCAGGAGGACCUGAAGCCGGACUGGGAGGAGAAGGAGAUCAACUGGCAGCGGACGUUCAGCGCCAACACGGUGGACUUUGAGACGCUGCGCUCGGACUGGAACGACCUGCGCUGCAACGUGUCCGGGAACCUGCAGCUGGCGGAGAGCGAGGCGCUCGACCUCGUGGCGCAGUACAUGGAGAGACUCAACAAGCACAACGGAGGCAUUUAUACUCUUCGGCGCAUCGUUAACGUGGAGAAGCGCCGCGACUCGGCCCGGGGGAACCGUUUCCUGCUGGAGCUGGUGUUGCUGCAGGGAGGCAAAAGGGAGGUGCGCGUCUCCGAGUACGUUUACCUGCUCCUCCGCCGCAGCCGUCUGGACGACAGCGUGGAGACGCGGGAGGCGGGCGGUGCCCCGUCAUCUCCGUCCACGUCCUCUGCCCUUCCUCCCCACGCUGCGUCGCCCAGGUCUCCGGUGCCCAGCCGCAGCAGUGCCCAGGAGCGCGCCACCCUUGCGUGGGGCACAAGCUAUGCCAAGCCCUUGCUGUGCCAGCCAAGUGUGCUCCACUGGAGGCGCGACGUAAUGGUGCACUUUGUGGUGCCAGUGAAGAACCAGGCCCGCUGGGUAGUGCAGUUCAUCUCGGACAUGGAGGCACUGCGCCGGGAGACCCAGGACGACAACUUCAGCGUGGUCAUCGUGGACUUCCAGAGUGAGGACAUGGAUGUGGAGCGGGCCCUGAAGGAGAGCUCAGUGCCCAGCUAUGAAUACCUGAGGCGUACAGGCCGGUUUGAGCGAGCAGCUGGACUGCAGGCCGGUGUGGAUAGCAUCCAGGACAGCCACAGCAUCGUGUUCCUGUGUGACCUGCACAUCCACUUCCCUGCCGUGCUGCUGGAGAGCAUCAGGAAGCACUGUGUGGAGGGCAGGCUGGCCUUCGCCCCCAUCGUCAUGAGGCUCAACUGUGGAGCUACACCGCAGGAGCCAGAGGGCUACUGGGAGGUGAAUGGCUUUGGGCUGCUGGGUCUUUACAAGUCAGACUUUGACCGGGUGGGAGGCAUGAACACAGAGGAGUUCAAGGAACGCUGGGGAGGAGAGGACUGGGAGCUGCUGGACAGAGUACUGCAGAACGGCCUGGAGGUGGAACGGCUCCGUCUAAGGAACUUCUUCCACUACUUCCAUUCUAAGCGUGGAAUGUGGAACUCUCAGACGAGGAAGGUUCCUAAAGACUAGCUGCAGGAGAACAUGCCUCAAGUGGACCCAAUAUAUGGCACUUCACUUCCCAACAGAACCCUCUGGAAGUCUUACGGAAGAUGGGAUGGAAGAUGGAAGCAUUGGAAUGGAAGAUGGAAGCAUUUCUGGUCGCUGAUGGACUCUAAAAGUCAGCCUUUUCCUGGUUGAAACUGUUACCAGACGUUUUCUAGGACCUCAAUGCUCUCUGACAAGGUUCUGAAUCCAUCUAAAAGGAAGGAGGUGUAAUCAAGUCAUAGGUUUCCAUUGGAUCAUAGUAUAAGGGUAGAUGUCUGCCCACUUCAAAUUAGAUAGUCACACAGACUGGGUGUGUGUGUAUAUUUUAGG